CGGAAGGUAAGCAGUGGUUGCGGACAGCGGGCAGCUGCUCAGCGGGGACCCGCUAGGGCUGGAGGCGCCCGAGUCGGAGGGGGACGACGCUUCUCACACCCGCCACGACCCCCUUGGGCUCCCACUCGCGGGCGGCAUUCAGGACCAGCGGCGGCCGUGCAGGCGGAGGACUUCAGCGCGGCUCCUCCUGGGUGUGACCCCGGACGCGCCCGCCGCGCGACGAUGAGGGCGCGGCCGCAGGUCUGCGAGGCGCUGCUCUUCGCCCUGGCGCUCCAGACCGGCGUGUGCUAUGGCAUCAAGUGGCUGGCACUGUCCAAGACACCAGCAGCCCUGGCACUGAACCAGACGCAACACUGCAAGCAGCUGGAGGGCCUGGUGUCUGCACAGGUGCAGCUGUGCCGCAGCAACCUGGAGCUCAUGCACACGGUGGUGCACGCUGCCCGCGAGGUCAUGAAGGCCUGUCGCCGGGCCUUCGCCGACAUGCGCUGGAACUGCUCCUCCAUCGAGCUCGCCCCCAACUAUCUGCUUGACCUGGAGAGAGGGACCCGGGAGUCGGCCUUCGUGUAUGCGCUGUCGGCCGCCGCCAUCAGCCACGCCAUCGCCCGGGCCUGCACCUCCGGCGACCUGCCGGGCUGCUCCUGCGGCCCCGUCCCAGGUGAGCCACCCGGGCCCGGGAACCGCUGGGGAGGAUGUGCGGACAACCUCAGCUACGGGCUCCUCAUGGGGGCCAAGUUUUCCGAUGCUCCUAUGAAGGUGAAAAAAACAGGAUCCCAAGCCAAUAAACUGAUGCGUCUACACAACAGUGAAGUGGGGAGACAGGCUCUGCGCGCCUCUCUGGAAAUGAAGUGUAAGUGCCAUGGGGUGUCUGGCUCCUGCUCCAUCCGCACCUGCUGGAAGGGGCUGCAGGAGCUACGGGAUGUGGCUGCUGACCUCAAGACCCGAUACCUGUCGGCCACCAAGGUAGUGCACCGACCCAUGGGCACCCGCAAGCACCUGGUGCCCAAAGACCUGGAUAUCCGGCCUGUGAAGGACUCAGAACUCGUCUACCUGCAGAGCUCACCUGACUUCUGCAUGAAGAAUGAGAAGGUGGGCUCCCACGGAACGCAAGACAGGCAGUGCAACAAGACAUCCAAUGGAAGUGACAGCUGCGAUCUUAUGUGCUGUGGGCGUGGCUACAACCCCUACACAGACCGCGUGGUCGAGCGGUGCCACUGUAAGUACCACUGGUGCUGCUACGUCACCUGCCGCAGGUGUGAGCGUACCGUGGAGCGCUAUGUCUGCAAGUGAGGCCCUGCCCUCCGCCCCAUGCAGGAGCGAGGACUCUGCUCAAGGACCCUCAGCAACUGGGGCCAGGGGUCUGGAGACACUCCAUGGAUUCUGCUUGUGAAUUCCAGAUGCCAGGCAUGGGAGGCGGCUUGUGCUUUGCCUUCACUUGGAAGCCACCAGGAACAGAAGGUCUGGCCACCCUGGAAGGAGGGCCGGGACAUCAAAGGAAACCGACAAGAUUAAAAAUAACUUGGCAGCCUGAGGUCCUGGAGUGCCCAUGGGCUGGUCUAAGGAGCGGGGCUUGGGAUUGGUGAGACUGAUACGGACGUGACCUUUCAGGGCCACAGAGACCAGCCUCCGGGAACGGGUCUGCCCCUCUUCUUCAGAAUGUUCUGCGGGACCCCCUGGCCCACCCUGGGGUCGGAGCCUGCUGGGCCAACCACAUGGAACCACUAGCUUGGGUUGUAAAUGUUUUCCUUUGUUUUUUUUGAUUUUUCUUCCUUUGGGAUGUGGAAGCUACAGAAAUAUUUAUAAAACAUAGCUUUUUC